AUGCCCAUCUUCGGCUCCAUUGACGCCUUGGCCUUCAACCCUUGCCUCAACAUUGAUUAUUUCAUCAUGAACACCCCAGAGGAGAUGAGAGCACACCUAGACAGCUCUGCCAACAUCAUUCACGCUCUGAUAAGCGCCAGCAGUCGCAACAAGGUCAGGUUCUUCAAGGGAGAAGAAGGACCAGAUACACUGUAUGAAAAACAAGCGUAUUGCUGGUGGAACUUCAUUGCCUCCCAUCCAGGCGCUCUCAGGGAUCUGGCACAAUGGCAUUGCCAUGGGUUUGCUACCCCACCCCCUACAGUCUCCACACCUCCAUCUGCAAGAGAGCUGACCCAGGCGAUGCAGAACCUCAUUCUGCUUUACCCAGCAGACCCACCAGCCUACACAAGCAGGCUAGCAAUGCCAAUGACCCCUCCAGCACAGCCAGACACUCCCAGGCCAACAGAGGUGCAUGCACCAGCACCCUUGCCCAUCCCCCUGUUCUGCAGCAUGCCAGACACUUGCUGGACCCCAAGAUACUUGUCCCCAGUGAGAGAAACACAAUGGGAGCCUCAGAGCUACCUAGGAUAG